AUGGGCAGAUUCAAGUCCUCCUACAAGAACGCCCUCAUCUCCCAAUAUGUGACUUACCUGAUUUACACCGGUGUGGCGUAUGCCAUGCAAAAUCCCCAAUACAAUGGCACACCUGGAACAUUCGCGAUUACAAGCCAACGGAUCGAAGAGGAUGUCAUUGUGAAAAUGACCAACGACGAACUCAGCGAGUACAUUCCUCGUAAAGGUGACCGGGUUGUCGUGAAGGCUUUCGCCCGGAAAGAGAAAAGUAGAACGCAAGCUGAGAAGAGGAAAUCCACACUGCUUGAGAGCCUGGGGUCGAAAGUAGCAUCAAAGUCAGGGAAGAAAGAACCCAAGCUGUUGAGUGACACCGAAGAUGAAUCGGACGGUUGCGCCCCUGGACCAAGUGAUGAUGGUCGGAAAAACAACACACAUAAAGCAGCAGAAACCAAGAAGGGACACAAAAGCACGCAAGCGAAAUCAGCAUCAAAAAGUUGAAGGUCCAUAAUUGUUGGGUUCUCUAUUUAUGAUGCCAAAG